AUGGUACGUAGUUGCGAUCUAGCCCAGAACGUCCCGGAAUUUAAGCUCAUCCUCGUGGGUGACGGUGGUGUUGGCAAGACCACCUUCGUGAAGCGUCACUUGACUGGCGAGUUCGAGAAGAAGUACGUCGCCACGCUGGGCGUGGAGGUGCACCCGCUGACGUUCCACACCAACUUCGGCCCCAUUCGUUUCAACUGCUGGGACACGGCCGGCCAGGAGAAGUUCGGUGGUCUGCGCGAUGGCUAUUACAUCCAGGGCCAGUGUGCUAUCAUCAUGUUUGACGUGACGUCGCGUAUUACGUACAAGAACGUCCCGAACUGGCACAGAGACCUGUUCCGCGUGUGCGAGAACAUUCCCAUCGUGCUGUGCGGUAACAAGGUUGAGGUCAAGGACCGUAAGGUGAAGGCGAAGCAGAUCACGUUCCACCGUAAGAAAAACCUGCAGUACUUUGACAUUUCGGCCAAGUCCAACUACCAGUUCGAGAAGCCGUUCCUGUGGCUGGCCCGCAAGCUUGUUGGUGACAACAACCUGACCUUCGUGGAGGCUCCCGCUCUUCGCCCGCCUGAGGUCACCAUCACCCAGGAACAGAUUGCCCAGAUUGAGGCUGACGCUAGUUCUGCCGCCGCUGCGGUGCCCCUUCCCGAUGAGGACGAGGAUCUGUAAGCUGGAUGCCCUAUCACGCCUCGACCUGCACUUUUCGCUUAGAAUUUAAGAAGGAGAACGAUGGAGGGAGACUCGGACGGAACAUGUGCGCGAUGUGGUCGCGUGUUCUGACCGCAUCGACCGACUGGUUUGCUGCCGCUGAUGUGAUGGAACGUUUGGUUCCUAAAGACGAUGACCAGGAGACGAUGAAGGCCAGUGAGGAAAAUAGUCGCGGUUGAAUGCAUGUUGCUCUAUUUUUGAUUGCUUUCUGAUUAGCUUAGCUUAUUCCCAUUCCAUUAGUUGGAUAAACCCGCAAGAUUACAUCCCCUUGCUUAUAGCAA